AUGGCCAGCCUCAAGAUUGCCAAGAACGGCCCUGCUGAUGAGAUCGAGCUCUCUGUCGCUCAGGCUCUCUUUGACUUGGAGAACAACGUCGCUGACUUGAAGAAGGAGCUCAAGGCUCUCCAGAUCUCCAGCGCCAAGGAGAUCGAGACCGGCAACGGCAAGAAGGCCAUUGUCAUCUUCGUCCCCGUUCCCCAGUUGAAGGCCUUCCACAAGAUCCAGGGAAGACUCACCCGUGAGCUCGAGAAGAAGUUCUCUGACCGCCACGUCGUCUUCGUUGCCCAGCGCCGUAUCAUGGCCAAGCCCACCCGUACUUCCCGUGCCAAGCAGAUGCGCCCCCGCUCCCGCACCCUCACCUCCGUCCACGAGAAGCUCCUCGAGGACUUGGUCUACCCCACCGAGAUCACCGGCAAGCGCACCCGUGUCCAGACCGACCAGAAGAAGAUCAUCAAGGUCUUCCUCGAUGCCAAGGACUCGACCUCUUUGGAGUACAAACUCGACACCUUCGUUGCCGUCUACCGUCGUUUGACCGGCAAGGAGGUCGUCUUCGAGUUCCCCGCUCACCACGCCGAGUAA